AUGUCACCAAAGAAAAAUGAUCCAAAACAAAAAGAAUUAGGUCAAGAUGAAGAAUUAUUAUCGUCGUCAUAUCAAGAAAUUGAUAAUAAUAUUGCUGCAAAAGUUGAUGUUGCUACUACUAGCUCUUCUAUUGCUAGAUCAUCAUCAUCUUAUUCUGUUGGACCAAAAUUAGUUCUUCAUUAUGACAAUCUUAGCGAAGAAAAUAAGUUCCUUAUCGCAUUCGAUCUGAAUUACAAAUUUGGACCUUGUGUUGGAAUUACAAGGUUACAAAGAUGGGAUAGAGCAAACAAACAUGGACUGCAACCACCAGCCCAAGUUAAGGAAUUAUUAUCAGGAACCCGCGCCCCUAAUCUUAAUGAAUGUGUGUUCCAUGGAAGAAUUUAG